UACGAUUUUGCUGUAAAAGAGAAAAGGAAAUGCUACCCACAAUGACUGAAGCUGAGUACAGCGAAUAGAAGUUGGCGGUACACUCGGAACAUUCUACCUCCAAACUGCUGCUGAAACAAUACAAGAUGAACGAGCAUGUUAUAUGUCCAUAUAGACUGACCAUGCCGCCGACAGUCCCUCACGGAUAUACAGGGGAAACUUUUCCGGACUAUUUCAAUUCGAAUGCAAGACCGAAAAUUACAACUCAGAAACUAGGACAGCUUUCAGAUGAUGAAAUUAAACAAUUCUUUGAAGAUGGGUACGUCAUCGUGGAGAAAUUUUUCAAUAGGGAUGAAAUAGAUCCAUGCAGAGAUGCUGUUAAUGAACUAGUAGAAGAGUUGGCACAAAAACUGUACAACACCAAGCGCAUUAAAAGUUUAUAUCGAGAACUCGGAUUCUUUGAACGACUGACUGCCAUCGAAAAAGAUUUUCCAGGUGCUAAUAUUCUUCUUCAUAAAGGAGACCAGUUAGCCCAGGCAUUCAAAGACUUAUGGAGCAAUGAAAGAAUGUUAAACGUGGUGGAACAGUUAAUUGGACCCGAAAUUGCAGGACAUCCUGUGUGGAAUUUACGAACAAAGACUCCUCAAAAUGAAGCUACAACAGUACCUUGGCACCAAGACUGUGGUUAUUUAAAUGUCGACUGUUAUAAAACACUCCAACCAACAGCUUGGAUUCCAUUGCUUGAUGCAAACGAGAAAAAUGGUUGUAUGCAGGUGGCCAAUAAAGGACACAGGAAAGGUCUUGUAGCGCCACACCAAUGUUGUUAUGGUGGCACCUGGUAUGUUAUGUUAGAAGAGAAGGAAAUGAUCAAGACAUUGGACGUUGAUGUGGAUAAAGAUAUAAUAACAUGUCCAGUACCAUAUGGUGGUAUUCUAUUAUUGAACAACUUAAUACCACACAGAAGUCUUCCUAACAUGACAAAACAAAUCCGUUGGAGCUUGGAUUUGAGAUGGCAAAGACCAGACGAACCAGCAGGAUUUUAUGGGAUGAAAGAACCUUUGCUGAUGAGAACAGUGAAGGACCCUAACUUUAAAAUUGAUUGGACUCCAUUUGAUAACGUUGAUAGACGCGAGAAACAAAGAGAAGCAGUAAAAGAUGUCUUGCCGUUACCUGAUGAUCCAGAAUUUGACACCACCAUUCAAGGACCAUGGAUGAAAAAGUGGGACAUUGUUCAUAUGAAUCAACAUACUUCAAAGUUAACAGAAGAUGUAUUUAGUUCAUGGCACGGACAUAAGUCUUGACAAAUCGUUAUCUUGUGACACAUUAGGUUUCAGUGGUCAUUAUGAGUAUCAGAGACAACUUUAGUAUUACUGAACUUUCGACUAAAACCCUACACUUUACAAAGUGCAUAGAUUUUUGUAAUUUGAAAUGAGAAAUUCCUUCAUUAAUAAAUUCAUAACUUAUA